UGCUUAUAUAUUUAUAAUAGUAUAUAGUAUAAAUGCACAAACAUAUAACAACAUUGUGUCAGCUUGGUAUUGCAUAAUGCGACGAGAAUGUAUAAAAUGUCAUCGAAGAGUUGCCAUUGCAAGAAAGGUGUGUGACUGUGGCCAUAUUUUCAAAGAGAGGAAAAAACAUGGCUUUAAAGAAAUGCCAAUUGUUAUAAAACCAGACAGACUUCGCCACAUGGCUCCUUCCAGACGUCAUAGCAACGAAAAUGAGACUACAGAAAACAAGAAGCAACAAGGAUGGAUUUCAGAUAGUCACACUAACAGGAGGGUCAAUACACUUGAAAAUAUUGCAAGAAAAAUUAUAGUUGAUUCAGAAUCAUCAGGCAAAAAUAGUGAAAAACUAUACCCCAGACGUGAAAAAACUACAAAACAUGAAAGUUUGAAUAUAGCUUCUAUGAUAAAAAAGUAUAUACCUGACCAGGAACAGUUAUUGAAAACAAAAGAUGGCAAAUCACUUGCUAAACUGGAACAAGAAUGUCCAAUACAAGAUAAAGAAACAACGGACAGAAGACUUGAAAAAAGUCAGAAAAUGGAGAUAGCCAAAAUUGAAAACACAACCGACAAACAGUUUGCCUGCCUCUUAGCGGAAACAAGCCCUGCGUACUUAUUACCAGAGGGUAAAGAGACUGUUCUCACUGAAGACAUUAACGCAGUUAUUGAUGUUGUUGUUGUCAAUUCCGAUGCGAAGAACAAUGUUGUUAUUCAAGAUGGAAAAGAUGAUGAAUUUUUUCGCAGACCUAGAAUUCGAAGAAUAACACAUGAAGAGAGCAUUAAUAAAGAUGCAGACAAUGUCCCAUUGAUCCAGUUAAACAAAGCUAAAUCACCCAAGCCAACAGGGCGUAGACCUGUGGGGCGUCCACGCAAACAUCCUAUCAAAGAAAACCUACCCAAAAGACCUGUUGGCAGACCAAGAAAACAUCCUCUUGAAUUAAAAGGUCACAGUGAAAAUGCUGCAGAUGACUUCCCUACUAUGGUGUCAAUUAAAGGAAAUGAAGGAAUGCUACCAGUGGACACAAUUCACCAGCCUCGCAAGAGAGGUCGUCCAAAGGGAGCAAAAGAUUCGAAACCGCGCAGAAUAAGACAAGGUUUUAAUGAAAGAAAUGUAUAUAACAAUAAUUUAAAAGAUGCUGAACAUGGCGAAUCAUUGGACACGCAUCCUUAUAUGGACCGAAAAACUGGGCGUUGUUUUCUAUCACCGCCUUCUUUAAUGGCUACCGCCAAAAGAGAGAGGAUACGAAAUGAAAUGCUCGAGACAGUAGAAACGGAAAGGUUAAAGAAAAGGUUAGAUCGAACUCCAGCCUUUACUAUCCCGGAAGACAAGAAAGAACUGUUUUCGUUAAUUUUGGACGAAAUCAAUCGUCGGAUUGCUGCACAGUCUUUCAGAAUUAAAAGUUGAAGGCUAAAAAUAUUUCUUUCAAGAAUACUUUUUUAUGUUUACUUUAUUGAAUGCAGUUUUGUUGAAAAAGGUUAUGGUCAAGUUAAGUGGAUGGCGGGGCAACAUUUUAUCUUGUUUAUUUUAAUUGGUUUUCUUUAUUUUAGAGCGUGGAUUAUUGUGUUAUGUAUAUGGGAAUUUAAACAUUUUCUCAUAUAUUAAUCCUUCCAAACUCUUCCCCUUGUUCGCUUAAAUUCGCAAUUAGCAUACCCCCUUAACAUUUUUUAUGUAUGUAUAUUCGAAACCUCGUGCCUUCAUUUCCCUCGAUAAUAAUAGCCGCAUGUUGUGUGUUUAAAAUGGCUGCUUCAGCUUCAUUUCGGGUCCCCCGUAGAGCAGAGGUCCCGUGGGUUUUUUACGGGCUAACGGCUUGUCUAUACAUGUACAAUUCUUUCUGACACGCUAAAUGGUAAAAAAAGUAGCAUGAUGCACGCAAUGCUGUAAAAAAAGGACGGGCGCACCCGCGGAUUUCCUUGGACCACCGAUUAGUUUUAAUAAAAUGAAUUAGGUAUUGAUUAUAUACAAGGGACACGCCUAGUUAUCACAAAUCUGCUACCUAUGUUGAAUAUAUCUUCUAAUUUUUCCCCUUAACUCUCCUAUUUCCCUGCGAUAUUAUUUUUACUUGCAAAUCUGUGCCAUAUCCCGUGUAGUUUAUUUAUUUAUUUCGAUUUUAUAUUGACAUUUAACAGUAUUAGUAUAUGACGUCAUCAAGAGUAUUCAGAUUCAAUUUGGAAGGAAAAUUUGGAGAAUUAGAAAUAAUUCAAUCUUUUGUUUGUUUUUUAGAAUUUUUUUAAAGGGUUUAAUAUGUUUAUUAGAAGUUUAGAAUAUUUUUACAUGUGUACAUAUAGCAUAGUGAUAAGUAUUGGUGAUUAGGUGAAUUAAUUUUUCGCCAGAACCUGUCUACCAUAAAUUUGAAACAUAUUUCAAAAUUAAUGAUUAUCAAGCCUUAUCAAAAAAUGAAACCCCUAUUCUCUGUAGACAAGAGUGUCGCUAUACUUUCAUUUUUAGUUUAAAACAUUUUUGUUUCAAAGAAAUUGUUUCAUAUUAUUUUUUGUAAAUAUAACGUUAUAAAGAAAAAUGGACGGUGAUAAAAAGCUGUUCUUUUUUUUUCAAGUCAGUGUGUACGUACUAACACAUUUACGGCGAUGUUUAUUGGAUAAUGGGUUGACCAGAAUUAUCGAAUUUUUAGAUAAAACACGUUUACAAAGGUGAUGAAGCGAAGCCAUUCUGAAGACAAUAAAAAUUUGCAGACUGGUAACAAAGUUUAUUUGGAUUACAAUGCCACCACGCCUAUGGAAGAAAA